AUGGGAGAAAAAGACAGAGCCACUAAAGUGUACAACCCCGUCCUUUCAAACAGGGGAUUCUAUGGCCACUAUAAUGGCCAUCCUGUCCUCAAAGGGACAAAAGUUCCACAAGUACAUGAACGUAUGGUGCAAACUGGAGUGUCCUGGUCUAUGUAUGUUAGCAAAUGGUUCAUUUGUUUGUUCGCUGAAGUUUUACCCAUUGAAACUGUUCUACGUAUUUGGGAUUGUUUAUUCUAUGAAGGAUCAAAAAUUUUAUUGAGAGUUGCUGUUACUCUUGUUAUAAAGAAUCAAGAUAAAAUAUUAGCAGCUAAAAACUUUGUUGAAAUUACUGAAGUAUUUAAAUCUCUUCCUCUUGGUGCUACUGUAACUGAAUGUCAUACAUUCAUGCAUGCUAUAUUUAGAGUACCUGGCUCAUUUCCAAAAGCACAGAUAUUGAAGCUCAGAGAACAGUGUAGGGAGAAAGUUGAAAAAGAACAAGAACACACUAAAGUCCUGCAUCAGCAACAGAAACAACGACAAUUAGAAGAAAAGCAAGCACGUGAAGCAGCAUUAGAACUGAAGAGACAAAACGAAGAAAGAGAGGCAGCAUUUAUGGCAGAACAAGAAGCUGAAAAACUUAAAGAAGAAAUUUUGCAAAAUGAUGCAUCAGAUUCUGAUCUGAAGCUCAAUCUUAAAGAAGAUGUGGAUACAAAUGCUCAGUCUGUAGAAAGUCAGCCUGACAAUAAACAGACUUCCUUUCAUGAAACUGAAAGAUCUGAAUCCAGUCAGAUCUCAAAAGCAGCUGUGAUAGAACCUAUAAGCACAGAAUCCUUGAAAGUAGCAAAUGGAAAUCAAGUAAAUUCUGUACUUACUCCUGAAAAUCCUAGAUCACCUUCUGACAAUAAUUCAGAACCUCAUGCCUAAAUCUUUCAUAGUAAUACCAAAUGAUAGCAAUAACUGUGUAGGUUUCUAGUCUGCGAUAUAAGGUAGGAAUAAUAUUUCAUCAGUUUAGGCUUUUAAUUGAAUGGCCUUAAAAUUUCUUCUAAAUGUUAAAUUUUGAGACUUUUUGCACUUACAUUUUAUGUGUUUGUUGAUCUUGAGAAUAGUUUUAUUGUUGAGCCAGAGAAUUACCAAUGUAUUUUAGUACGUAUGCAGUGCAUCUGCAUAAUUUCCAUCACAUCAUUAUGUAUAUAUAAAUAUAUAUCUUCUUCAGAUAGCCGCAAAUAAUUUUAAAUAAAAGGUCUUUAUGUACAUUCAUAUUUUCCUGCCAAAGCUUAAUUAUUUAAUGAUUUGUAAUUUACAUCUUGUUAAUUGUUAAUAAUUACCUACUUAAAUGUUAUGUGAAUUGUACGUUUGAAUGUGUUUUGUAGCUUUGUUAUAUGAUAUAUGUAACAUAUGUUAUCUAAGAUAAUAUAAUUAGUGAUACUUCAUAUACUAGAGUAUCAUAAAGAUGUUGUUAAUGAUACUUUUCCAAAGUAUCUUUGAAAGGGCAAAAACAAAAAAAUGAAGGGUUAAAAGAUUAGUAAGUGGAAUUGAAUUUAAUAUUUUUACAUCUUUACUAGCCUUUCAGGCAAUUUUAUGACUCUUAAUUUUGUUUUUAAAGUUUUGCCUUAAUUAUCUUCCAUUUCAGAUGUUUUAAAUUAAGUAACUGUGCUCAUUCCUUAUGCCUGUGUUCCUAUUCAAUCUCGUGUUUUAUUGCAUUUGACAUGACCUUUCCUUUCAUUUUGUUAUUUAUCCUGCAUAUUUUUUGCUUUAAGUUAUUAUGUAUAAAUAUAUAAAUUAUUAUAUAUAAAUAUAUAUAUGUAUAGGUAGUACAGUCGAAAGUCGUUAAUCCAGACUC